AUGAGGGUACAGUCCAAGUUGUACCUCUUCAACUCGUGUGGGAUGCUCAGCAUGUACAUCAUCGUGGCGAUUCCGAAUUUCGUAUUCCGCAUCGUUGAGCUGAGGGAGGGGCACUGCAUCAUCGGCAUGAAGAGCCAGGCCAUGAUCCCUCUCAUAUCUUUUGACGCCAUCGCCAAUGUGUACUUGACGCUCCUGUUUCUCAUACCGCUAAGCAAGCUGUACACUUUCAAGAAUAUGGCCCGCACACCGGCAAACCGUCGCCUCCGCAUAGUUGCAGUCAGGACAUUUGUCGGUGCUUUCUCCGACGGAAGCAACCUCACGGUUCUCACGGCGCUCAACGGAGAGCCCGGCUGGGUAUGUCUGAUGUGCUGCAAUUGCGACAUUCUUUUCUCGGCCUUGAUUAUCCAAUGGGUCACUUCCCGCGACAACGCGGGAGCCAUGUCCAGCACAGCAUCCUCGAGCCACAGAGCCCCAAUCCCUCCCGAUUGCAUCACCCCGAGCUCCACAAGACUCGCGACACCACGCAACUACGCCACGAGAUCGCUCUUAACCAUGGACGAUGUAUCCGCCCCCAGCUCGCCCCAAACCCCGUUUUCCCGUGACUGCUCCACGGACGGCCCAGGGGACCCCACGGUGCUGGGUGAAGCUAUCCCCACGGCGAGGAUUAGGCACCAGGGUGAGCCAAACAUUCCCUCGGCGUACGACAGAAAGGCGCGACGUAGCGGCGACGUGAGAUUUGCCGAGUAUCCGCCACCGCUGAAACCGAGCUGCGGCACCCCAACUCCUGAUAACCACCGCGUUCCGAAGCCCGCGGCAACGGGCACUUUGGUGGCAGAGCCACUAGGUGACGUUGGCUCCAAGUCAAGCCAUCCGUUGCCAGAUCCCUAA